AUGGCUCUCAAUAUACCAGGCCUGGUGGUGAUGGCGCUGUUUUACCUGCUCAUCUUGGGCACGGGCAUCUGGGCAUCCUUGCGUUCCAAAAAGGAGGAGAAAAAAUGCACAGGAGACGGCAUGGAGAUAACUCUACUGGCUGGACGCAAUAUCAACUUACUAGUUGGUAUCUUCACACUUACUGCUACAUGGGUUGGUGGAGGCUUCAUCCUGGGUAUAGCUGAAGCAACAUACAACCCAACACUAGGUGCAGUUUGGGCACUCAUGCCUGUGCCAUAUGUCCUGACCUUCUUCUUAGGUGGCUUUUUCUUUGCCAAGCCAAUGAGAGAGAACAAGUAUGUGACAAUGAUGGAUCCUUUCCAAAAGAAGUAUGGGAAUGUCCUUGCAAGUGCACUGAUCUUUCCUGCACUGGUUGCAGACGUGCUGUGGGUGGCACGCACACUUGUCAGCCUGGGUGGAACCAUGAGUGUGAUCCUGGACCUGCCCUAUGUCUACUCCAUCAUCAUCUCCUCAGUGGUGGCCAUAGUCUACACACUGCUGGGGGGGCUCUACUCUGUGGCUUACACAGACGUCAUCCAGCUGAUCCUCAUCUUCAUCAGCCUGUGGGUGUGCGUCCCUUUCAUGAUGACCAACCCUCACUCUGUGGACAUCUCGCUGACGGCAUACAACGCAACUUUCCAGGCUCCUUGGGUCGGCACCGUGGAGCUCGAUGAGGCGGGCAAGUGGUUCGAUGACUUCAUGCUGCUGGCUCUGGGCGGUUUGGCCUACCAGGCGUUCUACCAAAGGAUCCUGUCCUCCUCAUCUUACACCCAGGCUCAAGUGACCUGCUUCGCCUCUUCGGCCUGCUGCCUGGUGCUCGGUAUCCCCUCAGUCCUGAUCGGGGCCGUGGCUGCAUCUACAGAUUGGAACUCAACCUCUUAUGGAUUGCCCACCCCGUACGAGCGCGACCAGGCAGGAUCCAUCCUCCCCAUCGCUCUGCAGUACCUCACACCCCCCUACAUCUCUGUCAUUGGCAUUGGGGCCGUAGCUGCCGCUGUCAUGUCCUCCAUGGACUCGGCCCUGCUAUCCUCUGCCUCGUUGUUCUCCUCAAAUAUCUACAAGAACAUCAUCAGGAAGCAGGCUUCAGACUGUGAGAUGCAGUGGGUCAUCCGUAUCUCCGUGGUGGUCGUGGGUCUGGCUGGCACCGGCCUCACCUUCCUGGACAGUAGCGUCCUGGUGUUCUGGCUUGUCGGCGUGGACAUGUCCUACACCAUAAUGUUCCCUCAGCUGGUCUGCAUCCUCUUCUUCAAGGUCUCCAACGGUUACGGCGCCAUCGUGGGCUACAUAAUGGGGCUCGUCAUGAGGAUCCUGAGCGGCGAGCCCCUCAUUGGCCUCCCACCAGCCAUCCAGUUCCCCGGCUGCCGGCUGGACAAGGAGGGAAAGCUAACCCAGUACUUUCCCUUCCGUACCGCCAUCAUGCUCAUCUCUCUAAUGUCUAUUCUCCUUGUUUCAUUGUUGGCAUCCAUCAUUUUCAACAAGGGCCUGCUGCCGGAGAAGUGGGAUGUGUUUAAUGUCAAACGCAGGCAGAGAGCAACAGCCAAGGUUACACAUGUUAAGAGGACCAACUCUGAAAAGGAAGGGGCUGCCGUGGCCAAGCAGCUGCUGGACACCACCAGCUGCUGA